AUGGCCUCAUCCAAACCAACCAUCGCCUUCUUCGGUGCUACAGGCGGGAGCACCAUCUCCUGUCUGGCGCCUGCUCUUGAGGCUGGAUACCGCUGUGCUGCUUUAGCCCGAACACCUUCCAAACUCCGCGACCUGCUCACGCAGCGCGGCGUGCAAGAGUCAACCAUCACCGCCAAUCUCACCAUCAUCUCCGGCACAGCAACAGAGCUCGAGCCCGUCAAGCAGACAAUCCAGAUGGGUGAGCCUGAAUCUGGAUCGGGGACUGCUGAUAUAAUUGUCUCCGGUAUUGGCGGGAAACUACUCUUCAGCAACCCGCUCUCGCCUACGCUGGAUAAUCCCACGAUCUGCCAGGAUGCUAUGCGGACUAUCAUUACCGCUGUGGAUGAGGUGAACAGCAGCAGCAGUGGCACUGGGAAGAGGCCCCUGGUUAUUGCCCUCAGCACGACGGGGAUCAGCGAUGUCCAGCGCGACCUCCCGAUUGCUAUGAUCCCGAUGUAUCACUGGAUGCUGAAAGUCCCGCACGAGGACAAGAAGGUUAUGGAGAGGGUGAUUCUCGAUAGUGCGAAGGAUGUGCUUGGUGGAUAUGUGAUUGUGCGGCCUAGUCUGUUGACUGAUGGAGCCAGUGUUGGUGAUCUCAGCAAGAUUAGGGUUGGUGUUGAGAAGAGUCCUGCUGUGGGUUAUACGAUUUCAAGGGAGGAUGUUGGGCGCUGGGUUUUUGAGUAUUUGGUGAAGGAUAGGGAGAGUCAGUAUGUUGGGGAGGUUGUGACGAUUACUAUUUGA